GUUUAUUCUACUGUCACAGUGUUAGCAUCCAAAUUUCUAGAAAAGUCGGCAUUUUUUUUGCAUUUUCUGCAACUUUUCGUGCGAACAGCGUGUUUCAACAAGUCACUCCCAAAGGAUCCAAAUCGAUUGAUAUAGAUCGCCAGAAUAAAGAAUGGACCAGCAGGUGAAUGAACUCAAGGAAAAGGGCAACACGGCCCUGAAUGCCGAAAAAUUCGACGAGGCUGUUGCAGCCUACACAGAAGCCAUUGCCCUGGACAGCCAAAACUAUGUUCUGUUCAGCAACCGCUCGGCCGCCUACGCCAAGGCCGGGAAAUUCGCUGAGGCAUUGAAGGACGCCGAGCAGACCAUCGCCCUGAAUCCCUUCUGGCCGAAGGGAUACUCGCGCAAGGGCGCCGCCGCAGUUGGCCUGCAUGACUUUAUGAAGGCCUUCGAUGCCUACAACGAGGGCCUCAUGUACGAUCCCACAAAUGCAAUUUUGCUGCAGGGCCGUCAAGAGAUCACCGCCUCAGUGCUCAGCCAUAUGCAGUCGCAGGGCGUCAUUCCCAUGGACGUUGAUCCACAUAUGCCGCGGGCACGUCGGGCACCAUCGCCAACGCGCCGAUCGAACGAGCCGGCAAAGCCAGCCGAGCCGCGGGUGGAGGACAUGAGCGAGGAAGAGAAGAAGAAGUACUUUGCCAAGCAGGAGAAAGAGCUGGGAAAUGCGGCAUACAAGAAGAAGGAAUUCGACGUUGCUCUGAAGCACUACAAUGCGGCCAUCGAGCAUGAUCCCACGGACAUUACGUUCUACAACAACAUUGCUGCGGUGUACUUUGAGCGGAAGGAGUACGAGGAGUGCAUCAAGCAAUGCGAGAAGGGCAUCGAGGUGGGCCGCGAGAACCGCGCUGACUUUAAAUUGAUUGCCAAAUCGUUUGCCCGCAUCGGCAACACCUACCGCAAGAUGGAGAACUACAAGCAGGCCAAGAUCUACUUUGAGAAGGCCAUGUCCGAGCACCGGACGCCGGAGAUCAAGACAUCGCUCAGCGAGAUGGAGACCAAGAUCAAGGAGCAGGAGCGCACGGCCUACAUCAAUCCCGAGAAGGCCGAGGAGGAGAAGGAGCAGGGCAAUCACUACUUCAAGAAGGGUGACUAUAGUAACGCCGUCAAGCACUACUCGGAGGCCAUAAGGCGCAAUCCCGAUGAUCCCAAGCUGUACAGUAAUCGUGCUGCCUGCUACACGAAGCUGGCCGCCUUUGAUUUGGGCCUCAAGGAUUGCGAGACUUGCAUCAAGCUGGACGAGAAGUUCAUCAAGGGGUACAUUCGCAAGGGUAAAAUUCUGCAGGGCAUGCAGCAGGCCUCGAAGGCAUCGGCUGCCUACCAGAAGGCGCUGGAGCUGGAUCCCAACAAUGCCGAGGCCAUAGAGGGCUAUCGCCAGAGCUCCAUGAACUUCCAACGCAAUCCCCAGGAGGUGCUCAAGAAUGCCAUGUCGGAUCCCGAGAUCCAGCAAAUCCUCAAAGACCCGGCCAUGCGCAUGAUCCUCGAACAGAUGCAGAACGAUCCAAAUGCUGUGAAAGAACACUUGCAGAAUCCUGCGAUUGCCGAUAAGAUAAUGAAACUGCUGGAAUCGGGCAUCAUUCAGAUACACUAGGCACUCCAUAUACAUACACAAAACACACAGAAAACAUAUUGAUAAACAUUCAGGAGAAGAAAAGAAACCAAUAAUACGCAUUAUACGAACUUUAUUGCACCAUUAUGGCGCAAGCCUCUUAACUAAACUAUCGUUUAUCAAUUUAUAAAGAAGGGGGCAAACACAACAACAACAAUUAACGCUAAACAUUACCUUAGAAAUCGAAACGCCUAAAACGCAGAUCGACUAUAACUACAACUAACUA